AUGAAGAAAGACCUAACACCCUUCUACCCACCUCUCGGGCCACAGCCCUCUCGAACACCGCUCUACGCCCCAUAUCCCGUGACGCUGGUAAUGAAAGAGAAAGUCCUCUCCCUCAGCGGCGACGACUUCAAAGUCGAAACCUCCGACGGCGCCCAGAUCCUCAAAGUCAAAGGCAAAUACGUCUCGAUACGCGACAAGAAGAAAUUCAAGGACGCUUCUGGCCGCGAGCUGUUCACGCUUUCCAACAAGAUGCUCAAGCUCCACAAGAGCUUCAAGGCUCAAUCGCCGGAUGGGCAUGACUUUGUGGUCAAGGGGCAUUUUUCGUUGGCUUCGUCCAAGUCGAGUAUAGAGUUUACGAAUCAUGCCGAUGGGGCGCCGGUCGAGUUGCGGCUUAAGGGCGAUUGGUUUGAUCGAAAGGCCAGCAUCAAGUUGGGUGACCGCCCUGUCGCACACAUCACCCGCAAGCUGAUAAACGGGAGAGAGCUGUUCUUCGAUAAACAAACAUACUUCGUCUCCGUCGCGCCGAAUGUCGACCUCAGUCUGAUCGCCGCUAUCUGCGUAUGCUUGGAUGAACGCGAGAACGAGGACUAG